AUGCCUGGUUUUCGCGGGAUCACCCUCGGUGUCAAUUCGCAAUUCGAUGUGGAGCAAGUUCCGGAGUUUGCACCACCCAAGAAGCCGGGCUUCCCCAAGCUCUUGGAAAAUAACGUGGCCUCAGUGUACAUACAAUCGCGACCAGGAGCGCAGUUUUGGGUUUGCUAUAGCCUAAGCGAGCCGGAGCCUCCUUCAGCUUAUUUCUUUUUCAAGCUCUCGAUCAAUGACACGGACGUGGUCUCUUGGGGUGUCGGAAAGGAGGAAGACUAUCAAGGAAAAACAAUGCAUGCGCUUUACGAGGCUACAGAAACUUGGAAUGCAAGAAGUUCAGCUACUGAAAGACGAGGCUUUUUCUUCGCGGCCAACAGCAGACAGGAUGACAACCUGGAAGGAAAUUAUGGGGCAAGGUUUGAGAUCCGCGUUUAUCGUGCGGCCGGACGCCAGAGAAUUGCGAAGGAUAUGAAUCAAUAUAGAGAUACCAUACAGGGGCGCAAACGACCAACGGGUUUAGAGAUCUUGUCUGUUGGCCAGGUAAAGAAAGAACAGCCAAAGCGAUUCUACAAAUAUGCACUCGUAGAUCCGGUGGACAUGCCAUACGCUACAUUCCGGUACUACUACAAAACAUUAGAUGAGUUGAAGCGCCUCGAGAUUCUGCGAGUUCCCGAUGGCUCCGAUGAGAGCUACAUCGAUAGUUACCUUAGCCUCGACCUGCAAGAUUCAAUGGAGAAUGUACAAGGGCCGGAAGGAGUUGAUGGUCACCACAGCGAGACGUCUCUUGAUUCCUCCAGCAAAGCACCGGAGGCACAUGGUAAUCAGCCAGAUGAAGAUGACAUCGAGGACGACAAGUUCGGCUUUGUUGGGCGUCCGAAGAGAUUAUCUAUCCCGCCUUCGCGGCGCCUCUUCCCCACCACGAACAGCUCUUUUCCAAUGUCAUUGUUUUCGAGGACUACGGAGGACACGGUCGAAACUCAUGAUAGAGAGGCAUGGCGAGCACCGAGCCCAAUUAGAGGAGGCUUCAGGGACAUCGAUUCUCCAACUCCAGGACGUAAGCGCUCUCACACAGCUGAGGUCUGGCAGGAUGUGGUUAAUGACACGGUCUCAAAGAAGUAA